AUCAUUUCCAUUUGGACCGCGUGCCCGUUUGGCUGAGUGUCGUUUGUUCGUAUCUCUGCAUAUUCAAAGGAAGCCAACUCAGUUUAAAUACAAUUUCGAUUUCAAUUUCGUUUUCAAUCUGGCUGAACAAGCGGGAGAGUGUGUGCAACCGUUUGCACAUUUCGUAAAGAUUCUUUGCUAAUUGUUUGCACGCGGCGGCAAUUAAUGCAAAGUGAACAAAAAAAAAACGUAAUUAACAUAAAAAGAAUAAAAAUUGUGCAAAAACAAUUUGUAAAUAGUUAAAAACACAACGUUUUAUGUUCAAGCUGAAGCAAAAAGUAGGCCAAAUAUAAAUAUUACACAUACGCCACCGUCACAAGGCAUCAACCCAGCUCGCUUGCACUCUCUCUGUCUCUCUCUCUCUCUCGCUCUCUGUCUGCCUUUCGCUCUUAUCAAUAUUGAAUGAGCCCUAUGAGUGGACUACGUCAACAGCUAAAGAUGUUGGGUACAGCGCUGCUGGGCAAACGUGCCACAAAGCCUGUUAAAAAGAAACCCUUUACAGAAGUUGAAAUAAAUGAUCUACGCACAGCAUUCGAUCUAUUAGAUAGAAACCGAGAUGGACGCGUCACGGCGAAUGAAUUGCAGUUCAUGCUCAAGAAUCUGGGCAUUAAUGUGCGUGAUGAAAUUAUACAUGAUCUCAUACGUGAGGCAAGCCAUUCAGGCAAUGGCUUAAUCAACGAGGCCGAGUUUCUUCAGUGGGUGGGCAGAAUUCAAGCGCUGCGAGACGAGCAGCAGCAACAGCACGAUGACAGCUCCAGCACCGCCAGCAAACCCGUCGACGAGGCUGACGAUGUAACCGAGGAUCUAAUAGCCGCAUUUAGAGUAUUUGAUCGUGAUGGCAAUGGAUUUAUCACACGAGAUGAACUGCAAACGGCCAUGGAAAUGAUUGGGGAGCCCUUGAACGAGCAGCAGCUGGAGCAGCUGCUCGCCAUUGCCGAUUUGGAUCAGGAUGGGCGCAUUAAUUACGAGGAGUUUACGAGACUUUUGCUGUAAACGUCGACCUCCCCGCGAUUUCGUUUGGAUUGGGCAAAAGUUUAACAAAUGAAACUUAAUUAUACUCAGCCAGAAUUCAUGAAUGUUUUGUAG